GGUGCCGUGUCCCCACCCCGGGCCCGCCCCCCGCCCUUCCCCUUCCCGUUUCGGCCCCGUUUCGGUUUCGGUUCUUGGCCGGGGCGGAGCCUCGCGGCCUCCGGAUGGCCGCGGGGGUGCUGGAGGUGCAGGGGGUGCCCCCCGACGCCCCCGAGGAGCUGCUGGUGCUGUACUUCGAGAACCGGCGGCGCUCGGGCGGGGGGCCCGUGCAGAGCUGCCAGCGCCUGGGCCCCCUCCUCUUCCUCACCUUCGAGGACCCCCAGGAUGCACAGAACGUGUUGGCCCACGGCAGCCACAGGCUUGGGGGGAUCGAGCUGGGGGUGCGCCCAGCCCCCCCCUGGGACCCCACCCACCUGCUGCUGGGUGGUCUGGACCCCAGGACCCCCCCACAACACCUGGACCUACCCCUGGAGACCCUGCUGGGCGUCCCCCCCGGCACUGUGACCCUGUGCCAGGCCUCUGUGCCCGGCUGGGGCUUGCUGCGCCUGCAGGACCCCCUCACCCCCCCAGAGCUGGAGUCGGCGGAGCAGCGGGCACGGCAGCAGGGGCUGGCGCUGCUGCGGGUGCCGCAGAGCCCCGCGGUGCUGGUGAGGGCAGCGGGGCCGGCGCUGAACCAGGACCUCCUCGAGCUCUACUUCGAGAACCGGCGCAGCGGCGGCGGCCGCGUCAGGGACGUGCGGCCGCUGCCAGGUGGGCACGGGGCUGUUGUCACCUUCCAGGAGCCGGCAGCCGCAGAGCGGGUGCUGCGGAGGCCACACCGGCUGCAGGACGUGGUGCUGGAGCUCGUCCCCCACUUCCCCUUCCUGGAGCUGCUGGACACGAGCACAGACGUGGCCCUGGAUGCUGUCCCCGCUCCGGACAGGGUCCCUCCUCCUGAUGUGGAGCCCCUGCGAGUCAGGGACCCCUUGGUGGACACAGAUUGCCCGACGGACACAGAGCUGUCCUCAGACCCCACCGUGGCACACACGAACCCCCCGCCGGACACGGUGCCAGCACCGGCAGCGCCAACAUCACACCCGGGGAUGGAGCAGCCUUCAGCCGCCUUCCCCGGCAGGGACAAGGACACAGAGGGGUCCACAGCCGUGCCCAGCCAGGCCCAGCCCCCGAGGCCCAUGUCGGUGGCGGUCCCGGAGCCGACACCGGCGGUGCCGGUGCAGGACGAGGCGCUGGUGCCAGCGGAGCCGGGAGCCAUGCGGUACCUGCAGCAGCACUACCAGGACAUGCUCAGCGGCGUCUCCGACGUGUCCCUGCUGCCACUGGAGGGAGGGGACGUCUCUGGGUUCCGGGUGAGCGGCGAGCCGGGCCGGUGCCAGGCCGUGGCGGAUUUCCUGCAGAGCCUGCUGGACUCCGUGGCCUCGCACUCCACCACCCUGCGCUUCCCCGGCGUUGCCCGCUUCCUGUGGGACCUGGCUGGGCAGAGCCUCCUCCAGCAGCUGGAGAGCCGCUUCCAGUGCGUCAUCCAGCUGGACGGUGAACCCUGGAGCCCUCCAGAUCCCCAGAUGGAGCUGGACGAGCUGCUGCCCGCAGUCAGCCAGCGGGAGCCUCGGUCACAAUCCUGGCACCAGGACCUGCCCGAGGGCAGCAAUGCUGAUGGUGAUGGUGAUGGUGAUGGUGGUGGCGAUGGCUUUCCUUCCAGCACAGAGGAGAUCAAGAAGGUGCUGGCAGCACUGCGCCCGAGCGACGCCGCUGAGCUGUGGCCUGGCACCGUCCCCGGCAACGAGCGGGACCACAACGCCGCCUUCAUCUGCGCAGCCAGUGGGGAGGGUGCCGGAGAGCUGCUGUCGGACACCGAGGCCGAGGAGGAGGAGGUGCAGAUGGCUCUGGCCAUCCAGUACUCCAUGGACCACGCAUGCUGCGAGCAGGACGAGCUGGCACGUGCCACCGCACUGUCCCUGCGCUCCUACAGCCGGGAGCAGGAGCGCGCCGAGGAGGACGCCGGGCUCCUGGCCGCGCUGGAGGCCUCGCUGGAGGAGACGCUGCUGGCGGCAGAUUCGGCGUGGGUGACGGUGUUCUGCUCCUUGGAGCGGGACGUGGCGGCGGUGACGCGGGAGCUGGAGCGGGCGCUGGCGGGGCUGCUGCAGACGCGGGACGUGGCGAGCGAGCGGCUGCGGGCGCUGCCGGCCGCCGGCCGCUGCGCGCUGGCCCUGCUGCGGUGCCGGCACGCCGUGGAGCUCAGCCUGCGCGGUGACACCGCCACGCUGCGUGGAUUCGCCGAGUACAUGGUCCCUGCUGCCCAGGACCUCACAUCGCUGCUCCACCGCCUGCCACCGCUGCGUCACGGUGCCACCGCUGCCACCGCUGCCACCACUGCCACCGCUGCCACCACUGCCACCGCUGCCACCACGCACUGGGUGCGCUGGGACCCCUCUGGCACCGCUGUCCCGUACGCCCGCGAGACAGCGGCGCUGCUGGAGCAGGCCUGGCUGCGCCAGGAGCGCCGGCUGGAUCUGGUGCUGGAUGGACGGCCCUUCACCGUGGAUUUGGAGCGCAUGGAGGAGUUGGACAUCGGCAGCGCCCACGCCGUGCCCGUCUGCCGCAGCCAGCCCCCGCUGGACAGCACCUUCUUCCCGCUCGGGCCGGAGCUGGCCGGGCUGGAGGAGGAGGUGCGGCUGAUGGCGCUGGCGGAGGACUCGGAGGAGUUUGCUGACACGGUGCGGCAUUUCUGCGAGACUCUGGAGGAGCUGCGCGGCCAGAUCAGCGUGGUGCAGGUGCAGAAGCUCAUCCAUCCAGUGCUGUACAAGCAGUACCAGCUGAAGAAGGGCAGCGUGAAGCGCGCCUGUGCCGCCGGCACCGCCGUGGAGCGCGUCCUCUUCCACGGCACCACCAAGGCCUCCAGCUGCGAGAUCUGCCUGCACGGCUUCAACCGCAGCUUCUGCGGCAAGAACGCCACGCUCUACGGCCGCGGCGUGUACUUCGCGGCGCGCGCGGCCAUCUCGGCGCGGGACCGCUACUCGCCCCCCAGCGCCGACGGCACCAAGUUCAUCUUCAUGGCCAAGGUGCUGACCGGGGAGUUCGCGGCCGGGCGGCCGGGGCUGCGGGCACCCCCUCUCCGAGAGGGCUGCGGGGUCCCCCAGCGCUACCACAGCGUGGUGGAUGACCCCCGGCAGCCCGACAUCUUCGUCAUCUUCAACGACACCCAGGCCUACCCCCAGUACCUCAUCUCCUGCCGCAGCCGCCACGGGGGCCCCCUCUGAGCCCCCCAGCUCUGCUUCAAGGACCCCUUUUUAUCCCCCCGGCGUCCCCUGGCACUGGUGCCAGUGUGGGGGUUACGGUGCCCAGAGGCUCAGGGUAUGCAGGGAGGUUCCUGCCCUGCCCAGCAGCUCAGAGAGGGGGGAUCCUCACCUGGGGAUGCUCCUGGGCACCCUCGUGCCAGGGCAGGAGGUGGGCAGGAGGACUUGGGGUCACCCGUGUGAUGCCAGUGGAAUUUGGAAUAAAACUUCAAAUAAAAUUUGGAAUAAA